GAGGGAUAGAGUGAGAGGGAUAGAGUGAGAGGGAUAGAGUGAGAGGGAUAGAGUGAGAGGGAUAGAGAGAGAGGGAUAGAGAGAGAGGGAGAGAGCUAAAGAGAGAAAGAGUGAUAUAGAGAGACGGAGAGAGAGAUAUAUAAAGAGAGAGACGAGAGAGAGACGAGAGAGAGAGACCGGAGAGAGAGACGGAGAGAGAGACGAUGACCAUCAACACGCUGACUAAAGUAGGAGCUCAGAGGGAGCAGAUGUAUUGCCUCAGAAAGAUGGAGAGAGUGAUCGUAGCGAUGCAAGAUCCUGACAUGGGGAUGAAGAUGAGAAACCAGAGACUCCUCAUCACCGUUAUACCCCACGCCAUGACUGGUAAUGACGUCAUCGAGUGGCUGUUUCAGAAAUACAAUAUAACAGAGGAAGAGGCGCGUAACCUGGGAGGACUCCUGGUGCAGUAUGGGUACAUCUAUCCUCUGAAGGAGCCUCGCUCUCUACUACUGAGAUCUGACGACUCUCCUUACCGCUUCCAGACUCCAUAUUUCUGGACCAGUAGCCGUUGGCCUGCCUCAGAGCUGGACUAUGCGAUCUAUCUGGCUAAGAAGAACAUCAGGAAACAGGGUGAGCUGGUGGACUACGAGAAGGAGAACUACAGCGUCCUGAACAAGAGGAUUAACCACACCUGGGACUUUGUGGUGAUGCAGGCUAGAGAACAGCUCAGGGCCUCAAAGCAGAGAAAGAAGGCUGACCGUAUCGUUCUGGAGUGUCAGGAGCAAGCCUACUGGCUGAUCAACAAACCAUGUCCAGGAGCCUUUGACCUGUUGGAUCUGGGACCUGAGAGAUGCAACGUCCUCAGCUCCCGAGUCACACUGAACACUGACCACUACAAGAGAGAGAUUGAACACAGUAGAAGAGCUCUGGGGAGAAACCGUGUCAAGUCCUCCAUCUGUCUUGAGAGCUUCAUGAAGUACAGUGAGCAGUAUCUCCACCAUGACCCCAUCAUGUCAGGCUGUCUCCCUAGCAACCCCUGGAUCUCUGACGACACCUCACACUGGACCAUCAACACUGACAUGGUGGACACUCCAACCAGGCUGAGAGUGGAGCGGUGGAGUUUCAGCUUCAUAGAACUUCUGAACGACUCGAUGGGAAGACGAGAGUUUAUGAUCUACCUGGAGAAGGAAUUCAGUGCGGAGAACCUGUGUUUCUGGGUGGCCUGUGAGGACCUGAGGCAUGGAGAGAGCUCCAAGAUCAUCCUGAAGGUAGAGGAGGUUUACAAGAACUUUCUGGCACCUGGUGCAGCUCGCUGGGUGAACAUCGAUAGUCGGACCAUGGAGAGAACACUGGAGGGAAUCAAACGACCUCAUCGCUUCAUUAUGGACGACGCCCAGAUGCACAUCUACUUCCUCAUGAAGAAGGACUCCUACCCCAGGUAUCUGAAGUCUGAGCUGUAUAAGGACAUGCUGGCCAAUGCCAUCGUUCCCCAGGAGACCAAGAAGAGUGUAUUUCCCUUCAUGAGGCGACAGCGUCACUCCAGCCCCUCUCCUGCCAUGGUUACCCAGGCAACAGAAGAUGAUGGAAAGGCUAAAGGGGCGGGACCAACAGGAACAAGCUCCGCAACCAACUCUCAGAUCUGAUAGCCAUGGGAACACCACAACCACCAUGUUCAUAACAACCAGAUCUGAUCGCCAUGGGAACACCACAACCACCAUGUUCAUAACAACCAGAUCUGGUCACCCUUGUAUCACUAUAGCAACCAUUCAUGACCUUGGAUCUACUUCUAGAAGUAAUAUUACAGUCUAGUAGUUAUAUUUAUUAUAAGUUAUAUUUAUGAAUAUAGAAUUAUGGGUAUAGUUUAUAUUAUCUUCUAGAAGUAAUACUACAGUCUAGUAGUUAUAUUUAUUAUAAUAAUUAUAUUUAUUAUAAGUUAUAUUUAUGAAUAUAGAAUUAUGGGUAUAGUUUAUAUUAUCUUCUAUAAGUAAUACUACAGUCUAGUAGUUAUAUUUAUUAUAAUUUAUUAUAAGUUAUAUUUAUGAAUAUAUAAUUAUGGGUAUAGUUUAUAAAGACAAUCUGAAAGAUUUCCACUAUUCAAUUAAUGUAGAUUUAAGGCCAGUUUAUUUAUACUUGGUCUAAUAAUAUGUCUAUGGACAAUUAGAAUGUGACAAGUGUCGCUGGUCAAAACAAACCUUUAAUUUCUACUCCUGUUAGAAUGUCUGUAGACUGUCAAGUUUCCUUUGUUGCAGACACACUGGGGAAAAAAAGUUCUCGUCUCCACGGCGACUGUAGCGGUCCGUUGUCGCGGUUACCGAACUGCCACGGCAACCGGACCAGAAUCCUCCUGUGACCAGAUGAUGCAGUAGUUCUAAAGUUCUCAGAUAGAAUGACAGUAGUUCUAAUGGUCUCAGAUAGAAUGACAGUAGUUCUAAAGGUCUCAGAUAGAAUGACAGUAGUUCUAAAGGUCUCAGAUAGAAUGACAGUAGUUCUAAAGGUCUUAGAUAGAAUGAAUGACAGUAGUUCUAAAGGUCUCAGAUAGAAUGACAGUAGUUCUAAAGGUCUCAGAUAGAAUGACAGUAGUUCUAAAGUUCUCAGAUAGAAUGACAGUAGUUCUAAAGGUCUGAAAGAGAAUGACCUGGUUUUUUAUUUCGUCACUCUGGAGCAGUCAACUAUUUUCUGUCAGCUCACAAUUUUCUUUUAAAUAACGAUGUUGUGGAUUUUAUGUUCCUGUAAUAAUGAAUUAAAAAAAGUAGUAAGAUUGUUGUCAGCUA